AUGUUGGGGCAAGCGCUUACCCUCACACUCCUCCUGCUCAUCAAGGGGCAUCGGGGCCAAGGUUCUGCUGAUCAUGUGGUUGGAAUCUCGGGAGAGUCUGUCUGGUUACGGCCCCCCAGCAUACAGAUAAGGACAUACUCUGUUAUAUGGAAGAUGCAGCCGUACUCAAAUUCAAGCUGUUAUUUGAUACACUCUUGGAAGAAUGUUUCCAGCCAGAGCGAUGUAGGGAAGAGUUCGAAUUGGACUUUAAAUCAUUUCAACAAUAGACUGCGCUUUAUAAGUGAAAACUUAACUCUUCUCAUCAUGGCAGUUCAGCAGCAGGACAGUGGCCUCUACCUCCUGGAGGUCACUGAAGACACUGGGAAGGUUUGGAGACAUAAGUUCCAGGUUUCUGUAUUUGAUCGUGUUGAGAAGCCCCAGCUGGUGGAGAGGUGGAAGGUCCUGGACAGCGGGAUGUGCCAAGUGACUCUGUCCUGCUCAGUCUCCAGAGGUGAUGAUGUGAGCUAUGCUUGGUAUAAAGGGACUGAGCUGAUUCAGACACCCAGGAACCUCACCAAACUGGAGGAGCAGAUUGAUGUCAGUGGUUUGCACACAUACACCUGCAAUGUCAGCAACCCUGUCAGCUGGGCAAACCACACCCUCCAACUCACACAGGGCUGUCUGAAUGCCAACCCGAAUUUCAUCUUUCUGUCCACUUUGGUGAGCAUCAUGAUUCUCCUAACGGCAUUGUUCCUGGGCACCCUCACCUGCUUCUAUGUGCGGAGGUGGAAGAGGAAGCAGUCACAGGCCAGACCAGAGGAAUUUCUGACGAUCUAUGAAGAUGUCAACAACGUGCAAACCAGGAGAAAUCAAGAGCAGAAUUGCCCUGGAGAAGGGAGCACCAUCUACUCCAUGAUCCAGUAUCAGUCUUCUGCUUCCACAUCACAAGAUAAUGCAAACACAUUGUAUUCAUUAGUACAGUCUCCCUGGAAGUCUGGAUCCAAGAAGACGAACCGCAACACUUCCUUCAGUAAAACUAUCUAUGAAGAGGUGGGAAAGAGAGCAUCCAAAGCUGAGAACCCUGCUCCACUGAGCCGCAGGGAGCUGGAGAACUUCUGUAUGUAUUCCUAG